GAGAAAAAUCUUGUUUAUCUUCAAAACCUUACGCCUUGAGACUUCAGUGAUAGCUCAGGCUUCAGAAGCCAAAAAUGGCGCUCUCAACGGCCAAAUUCACCGAACUACAGCCGCACCUCUUGUCCACCUUCUCAUUCCCCCGCCGCAAACCGCCGAGGUUCCACCGACUCAUCUUCAAACCUCUCUCUUCCUCUCCCCGUCCCACCAAAUUACCCCAUACGCCUGCCGGAAAGCCCAGCAUUCCGCAGAAGCCGUCGUCUGCCUGGAUAAAAAAAUGGCCAUCUCCUCCACCUGCGCCGCCGCCGCGCUCGAAAGCCGCUCCGAAGAAGCCCGAACAGAAACCGGAAACACUUCGUGGAGGUACCACGGCGAUUGAUCGAAUUGUUCUCCGCCUGCGGAAUUUAGGUUUAGGCUCCGACGACGAGGAGGAGGAAGGAGGAGAGUUAGGUUUGGAUUUGGAGAAUGAUAAUUUGAAUCCGAUUGAUUCGAGAAAUGUUGAAUGUGGAGAUGAGAAAUUGGGAGAUUUGCUGAAAAGAGAUUGGGUUAGACCGGACACGAUUCUGGUGGAAGACCAGGGUUUUGAAUCUGAGGCGCUGUUGCCGUGGGAGAGGGGCGUGGCUGAGGAUGAAGAAAUGGUGGAGCAUAAAGUUGGACUGAAGAAGAGGACAAUGCGGGCGCCUUCGUUGGCGGAGCUGACGAUAGAAGAUGAAGAGUUGAGGAGGCUGCGGAGAAUGGGGAUGACUUUGAGGGAGAGGGUGAGCGUUGCCAAGGCCGGAAUUACGGCUGCUGUUCUGGAGAAGAUACAUGAGAAAUGGAGGCGGUGUGAGCUCGUGAGGUUGAAGUUUCAUGAAGAAUUGGCGCAUGAUAUGAAGACUGCGCAUGAAAUAGUUGAGCGCCGAACAGGGGGGCUUGUCACUUGGAGAUCGGGAAGUGUUAUGGUGGUAUAUAGAGGAGCUAACUACGAAGGCCCUACAUUAAAGCCACAGAGAGAAAACAGUGAACACGAUACUCUUUUUGUCCCUGAUGUUUCCUCCCCUCACGAUUCAGCCACAAAAAGUAGUGAUGGAAAGACUCAGGUUCUUGAGAAGUCCAAUCCAGUUACACCUAAUCGUGUCAAAAACAUAACAGAAGAGGAAAUUGAGUACAAUAGUCUAUUAGAUGGUUUGGGUCCACGGUUUGAAGAUUGGUGGGGAACUGGGGUGCUCCCUGUUGAUGCUGAUCAACUCCCUCCGAAUAUUCCUGGAUAUAAGACACCAUUUAGGCUUCUUCCUACUGGAAUGCGUCCACGACUAACCAAUGCUGAGAUGACCAACUUACGGAAGCUUGCUAAGUCGCUUCCUUGCCAUUUUGCCCUUGGAAGAAAUAGAAAUCAUCAAGGUUUAGCUAGAUCCAUAGUUAAGCUAUGGGAGAAAAGUUUAAUUGUGAAAAUUGCCGUGAAGCGUGGAAUCCAGAACACAAAUAACAAAAUUAUGUCUGAGGAACUGAAGGCAUUAACAGGGGGAGUCUUACUUUUGAGAAACAAAUAUUUCAUUGUUAUGUACCGCGGGAAGGAUUUUCUUCCCCCCACUGUGGCUAGUGCCUUGGCAGAGAGACAGGAAAUGACAAAGCAAAUACAAGAUGUUGAAGAAAAAGUCAGGGGAGGACCUGUACCGCUGCCAGUAUCUGAAGAGAAGGGAGCUUUGGCAGGCACUUUGGCAGAGUUUUAUGAGGCUCAGGCUCGAUGGGGAACAGAAGUAUCUACUGAAGAACAUAAAAAGAUGAUAGAAGAGGCAUCCAGAGCCAAACAUGAGAGAGUAAUCAGGCGACUUGAACACAAACUCGCUACUGCUCAGGCAAAGAAGCUCAAAGCAGAGAAACUGCUAUCUAAAAUAGUGGAUUCUUGGCUUCCAGUAGAUCCUUCAGAUGACCAGGAGACAAUUACAGAUGAAGAAAGAGUUAUGUUUCGUAAGGUUGGAUUACGAAUGAAACCAUACUUGCCACUCGGCAUUCGUGGUGUUUUUGAUGGUGUUAUUGAGAACAUGCAUCUGCACUGGAAACAUAGAGAAGUUGUAAAGUUAAUAUCAAAGGAAAAGGAACUUGCAUUUGCUGAAGAAACUGCAAGACUUUUGGAAUAUGAGAGUGGUGGUAUACUAGUGUCAAUCGACAGGGUUCCAAAAGGUUAUUGCUUGAUUUACUACCGUGGCAAGAAUUAUCGCCGUCCUAUCACUAUAAGACCGAGAAACCUUCUGACAAAAGCAAAAGCACUGAAGCGUAGAAUGGCCUUGCAACGAUACGAAGCUCUUAGUGAGCACAUAUCUGAAGUGGAGAAAACAAUUGAGCAAACCAAGAAGGAGAUAGGCAAUCCUGCAAAACUGGAGAAAAGCGAUCUUUGGAAGUCAGAGGACCAUGGCCAGUUCUCUAAUGUCGCAGAAGUGAGUGAAAUCGAGGAUGAAGACGAGGAUGAGUGGGAGUUGGAGGAUGACGAAGAAGAUUCAGAUCUAUCGAGUCUUGAUGCUUAGAUUUUUCACCUAAUAAAGCUGGCUAAACCAAAAAUGGUGCCGUGCUUACCCGUUAUAUAGGAGCUCUGCACAAUGAAUUGAAGAUGGAAGAGUGGAGCUAAACAAGAAAGAAUCAUCCAUACAUUUACUAACGCCUUAUGAGAGAACUGCCACUUCCAAAUUUUUCUUGGAGGAUUUUUGCGUUUGGGAGGCAUUGUACAGCGAUUAUCGAUCAACAGCUGUAAGCUUAAAGAGUGAGAGCACCGUAUAAUGCUUCAAACUUAGAAGAUGAACUUCAAUCAAUGUAAUGUAUAGUUGUUGUGUACAACUACUUGUAAGUAAUACAAUCAAUUAGCUUGAUUUCA